AGGAGAAGCGCGUCGUGGGCGGGCUGACCGGCGCAGUAGGGAAGCUAACGCCCUCGAGGCUCAACUACGGGAUGGUCAAGGCGGAGCCCGCGGAGGAGGCCCAGGCGGCGCAGCCGCAGGAGAGCUUCCCGGCGGCGCCGGCUUUGGCGUCCUCUAGGCCGCUGCCGUGCACCCCGCAGGAGAAGCUGAUACAGGUCAGGGACUACUCCAAGGCGCACGGGCUGGAUCUUGAUCAGGUCUGCUUGAAGGCCUUGUCGCGCCUGGCUUUCUACAAGGCUAAAGACCUGAUCGACGAUGUCUUGUUGGGGGGCAAGAACCGCACUGGCGUGACGAACCCCUCCAGGUACCUGACCAUCGGGUGCCAGAGGCUCACCACGGGCCUCGGCGUGGAGCAGGGGCUCGCCAUGAGGGGGCUGGCCGUGUCCCUGGGCGUGGUGCUCAACAACGACGCCCUGGACGAGCUGGCCUGCAUCCCCAGGAAAGACUCGUACGCGAUCAUCCGGGAGCUUGCCAAGGACGUGGAGGCGAGAAAGGACCCCAUGCAGUUCAUCAUGAGCGAGGUCAUGAAAUGCCGGGCGCAGCUGGACGCGCGGCCGUGGCCGCCCAGGGGGUGACGCCCCGCUCCGGGCGGCCGCCGCGUCGCGGGGCGCGCUGCCUCUCGCAGUGCAGAGGGCCGCUGGGCCCAAGAAAGGACACGGGCUGCGCACGCG